AGCAAACCGGAAGUCGGAUUUCGGCUGCGGUGGCGAAGGCUACUGCCUGGGUAAACCGAGAGCUGAGGUUCUUGAUCUUUUACAAUGGGUGAACCACAACAAGUGAGUGCACUUCCACCACCUCCUAUGCAGUACAUCAAGGAAUAUACAGAUGAAAAUAUUCAGGAAGGCUUAGCUCCCAAGCCGCCUCCUCCAAUUAAAGACAGUUAUAUGAUGUUUGGCAACCAGUUCCAGUGUGAUGACCUUAUCAUCCGUCCUUUGGAAAGUCAGGGCAUUGAACGGCUUCAUCCUAUGCAAUUUGAUCACAAGAAGGAACUGAGAAAACUCAAUAUGUCUAUCCUUAUUAAUUUCUUGGACCUUUUAGAUAUCUUGAUAAGGAGCCCUGGGAGUAUAAAACGAGAAGAGAAGCUAGAAGAUCUUAAGCUGCUAUUUGUACAUGUGCAUCAUCUUAUAAAUGAAUACCGACCCCACCAAGCAAGAGAGACCUUGAGAGUCAUGAUGGAGGUACAGAAACGUCAACGACUUGAAACAGCCGAGAGGUUUCAGAAGCACCUGGAACGAGUAAUUGAGAUGAUUCAAAAUUGUUUGGCUUCCUUGCCUGAUGAUUUGCCUCAUUCUGAAGCAGGGAUGAGAGUAAAAACUGAGCCAAUGGAUGCUGAUGAUAGUAAUAAUUGUACUGGACAGAAUGAACAACAAAGAGAAAAUUCAGGUCAUAGAAGGGACCAGAUUAUAGAAAAAGAUGCUGCUUUGUGUGUUCUAAUUGAUGAAAUGAAUGAAAGACCAUGAAAGAUAUUUCUCUUUUUUCAUUUUGUUAAAUAACAUCAUAUAGUCCUCACUUGUGGGCAGUCUUAACAGAGGUAUAACUAAAAAUAUAAAGGAAUUUGUUUGUCUUGAUGCCAGUUUUUCAGUGGUGAGAUGCCUUAGGCAGUAAUUUCACUGUGGAACAAGCUUAGGCAAAUGAAUACACCUACAUAAGAGAAAUCACCUUAAAACGUAAAGUGUUUGCUGUUGUGUGGGAUAGUCCGAUUUUUGGAGUAGCAAUAAAAUUUUGAAGAUAUCCUUAGUACUAACUAGCAGGCUGUCAUCCUUGAAAAAGUAUCUUGUUAUAUGCUUGAAUAAUGAUGGAUAAAGGAUAUUGAUAUAAAUGUGAAAGUAUGAAAUUUUUAGACUAUUUCAUUAAAUAGUUUGCUUAAUCUCCAAAAAGCAUGUUGAAAGAGGAACCCAGAUGAAUUAAAAAACAGGAACUCUUCCUCAUAUCUAUUUCUGUACACUCACUAUCUCGGCCUCUUCUCUCUAACCUACAUGGAAUGUUGAGGUGGGAAUUUCAUAAGUUAUUUUUCCAAUUAUUCAAGUAGUAAGUUCUUUUUUUUUUUUUUUUUUUUUUUUU